CCCACACAGAACGCGGACGCAUUUAGCCAAGUGGUUCCAUGGCUGCGCUCUCUAUUCCCCCGGGCCAUCGAAUAUCCUGCGCAUCAUGUACGCGCGAUGAAGGACGCGAAUCCUGGCGGCUGCGUGAACUGACUGGCUCGUGUCUUGUGUCAUCCAUUGAUAUUGAGGAUUGCUUUCGUGAGGCGAUGCACUUGCGCAGCCGCGGCGUGCUGCGGCAGACGCAGCAUGUCGUGACGCCUUUUGCUCAAAGAAAGAGGGCUGCAUCUGGGAAAAACCGAAAUAUCAAGGCAAAGACGAAGGUGGAAGUCAAGACGGAAGUCGCACCGCCGUCUCAACCCACACACGCGACGUCCGUGGUCAAAGAAGAGCCGCAGAACUCUGUGAAGGUUGAAUACGCCGAGGAGCGAAACUUAAAGCAGGAGGAAACCAAUGCAUUAGGCUUGGACAAUACCGAGCAAGUCCGUAGAGGUUCCAAUGACGACUUGGACGCCCGCAAGUUGGUAAAGAAACCCAAACUCGGCAAGACGAAAGCCCCGAACAAUUGGAAAGCCAUCUGGGAUGGCAUCGUCGGCAUGCGUGCCGACAAGUCUGCUGCUGUCGACGCACAAGGUUGCGAAACGUUCAACGACCCGACAUUGGACCCUCCAGUGCGGCGUUUUCACGUUCUUGUUGCGUGCAUGCUGAGCAGUCAAACGAAGGACCCCGUGACCGCUGCAGCCAUGGACCGCCUUCGACUGCAUGGUUUGACAAUUGCUUCGAUGCUGGCCAUCAAGCAAUCGGAUCUUGCGGCAUUGCUUCGUCCCGUGGGCUUCUUCAACAACAAGGCCAAGUACAUCCAGCAGACAUGCACCAUUCUCCAGACGAAAUAUGGAUCGGACAUUCCGUCAACGUACGAUGAGCUCGUGGCGCUGCCUGGUGUCGGUCCCAAGAUGGCACACUUGACCAUGUCUUGUGCCUGGAGCAACACGGUCGGCAUUUGCGUCGACAUCCACGUACACCGCAUCUCGAAUCGCCUUGGGUGGGCGAAAACGUGGGCCAAAGCGGGGAAAAGCCAGGACCCUGAAAAAACCCGCAAGGAACUGGAAAGCUGGCUCCCGAAACAGCACUGGAACGACAUCAACGCCCUCUUGGUCGGGUUUGGCCAGCAGGUGUGCACCCCCCUUCGACCAAAUUGCGACUCAUGCACGGUAAAUCACCUGUGCCCGGCUGCGUUCAAGAAAGUUUCUCCGUAACGUUGCCAUCAACUCAGUUAGCGCCGUUCAUCGAUCUACUAUGCCAUCGUUGGUUGACAACGCGUGCCAUUUUCACUUGAUAUUGUCUCUAAAUGCACACGGCAGCGAUGAUGGCCGCUGCUGCGAGAGUCGCCCCCGACUGAUUCCGCGCCGUCGCGACGGUUUCUUGAAGCUGCAUCAAUUCCUGCGCGUCGUCGCUUAGGGCAAAAUGAAGCACACAGGGCUUGACAGCGUCGCGCAACGCGAUCGAGAUCUGGUCGAGCGACUGGUACCGCGUUUGGUGGCCAUUCACCGACUUGAGCUCGUACGCGUGGGUGAGGCCGGCGCGGCCCAGCACGCCACGGGGGUCCACUGAUUUGACAAGUGGUGCGGCGGGAGGCGGGACGAACUGCAGUAAUUGGCUUCGACCGCUGUCGUGACCGAUCUUGAGUUCCCUCAUCGUCGCGUCAAAGUUGUGUUCCAUCACACGGUGGCCAUUCGCCGACGAGAGGAUGUAGCCAGGAACAAUGUCGUGGCGACUGGUGCGCUUUACGACGACCUGCCGCGUGACCUGUUCGAUGCCAAAUGUGACCCCGACACUCGCCAUGUUUUCUUUCCAGAGGACGUCCACGGAUGGAAGUUUGGAUGUCCUAAUACGUUGCAGUUCCAGGCCGAGAGACUCCCCCAUCCACGUGACGUCGAUCGUAGUUUGGUUUUCGUCGCCCAGGAAGAACGUCGAGCAACUUGCUUGACGAUGCAUGUGAUAGUCGUGCUCGUCGUGUGUUGAGGGUGGGUGCACGGGGUGGCUUUGGCUUAUCGGAGCUUGCGGGCGCGGCGGCAGGUGCGACGCAUGAGAUGAUGGUGCGAGGGGGUGCAAUUCCCGCGGAGAUGCGACGGGAGAUCGCAGUGGGGAAGUUGGCGAUGACUGGGAUAGCUCGCUGUCUUGUGUACCGUCGAUGGAGUGGCGAGAAUCCAUGUGGGGUCCGGACCGGGUGUGGUCACUCAAUGGUGAAUCCAUCGCUUCCUCGUCCGAGUCACGGAACUCAAGUUCUUUGGGAGGCUCGUGCCUGCUGCUGCUGUCGUCAUGAGAUGGAGUGGUCGUCGACUUGUUCAUCGAGUACUAGUCGAUUUGUCGCAGAGGUAUGACCACGGUCUCGCAUGGCUGCCCUGAUGAGGAAUACUCGAAGUUCGAAGUUGGCAAGUUGGGCAGGGUCGGUCGAGAGCCCCCUUCCCGCUCGUACUGGUAGUCACAAGCACGCAUCCACCCCGUUGUCACUCGUGCGCCGUCCACUUGUCUAUCGAACGGACCGACGAUCAAGUGCUUCGUUGUAUCCCAAGAGGAACAGUCAUUAUGAAGUUUGUCCUGGUCGUGAA